UCCCAGGGGAGCAGCAGGAGCGCCACCAGGAGCAACUCGCCCCCCAGUGACGAAGGAAUGGACCGCCGAGCACCGGGAUACGAGAAGAAACUCCUCUCGACGCUUAACGACUAUGACGAGAAGCGAGCGCUGGCCGCCAAGAUGCGGCGGGCGCCGGUGGUGCCAAAGCCACGGACGCCGACGGACAUGUGGAGCGGCUAUGGAUUUAGUCGCUCCUCGCCGCACUGGCUGCUGAAGGAGGAGCUGGGAACAGCCAACAAGCCCGGGACGUCCCAAGCCAGUCAGCCAUCUCAGAAGCUGGGGCUGCUGACUACCACCUCUAUGGCCACGCCUUCCGCCUGGCCGUCGACCAAUCGCAGCACCGGUGACAGCCGUCUGCCAAGCUUUCUCAGCCAGUCGAACGUCUUCGACUGCGGCAUCCUCCCGAAGGCGACCAACCCGGUGAAGGAUUUGGCUGAGCUGUUGGAGAGCAUUGACGGCCUCAAACAGUAUUCGGAGCUGUUCCGGGACGAAGAGAUCGACUUGCAGGUGUUCCUGGCUAUGACCGAGGAGGAUCUCAAGAAGCUGGGCGUCAAGACCAUCGGUGCCCGCAAGAAACUGAUGAUGCUCAUACAGAGCUUCAGCGGUAGCAACCUGAAGGCCCCCAGCGUCAUCAAGUCGUUCUAGGCUCGCUGCGGACCCCGCGGUCUGAUGGCCAAGCGGUUGGAGACCGGUGAAUUUGGAGCAACUAGACUAGAAUAGCGCCGUUGUGGUCAGAUCGAGGCCUGCGAUUGGCCCCUGUGAUUUCGAUUGUGAUUGGUUAUUGGCUAGCCCAGGCUUCGCGACGAUUGGUAGUUAGUUCUCUUGUA